AGGGGAAAUAGAAAUCUCAAUUUUGGGGAAAUUGCACAGGGGAAAAAGGGGAGGGAAUCAGUUACAACACUCCAUUGCGACACUUAGCGGGGUUGAAAGUGACAACAGCAAGGGUUUCUCUUUUUGGAAAUGUGAGGAGGGUAUUUCCGCUUCUCAGAGUGGGGCAGGGUGGCAGACGCCUAGCUUGGAGACCGUCGGCCGGCCCUCUGGGAGAAAACCCAGCAAGAUGCAAGCCUUCAGAAUCUGGGAUGUUAACCAGAAGACCUUCUACCUGAGGAACAACCAACUAGUGGCUGGAUACUUGCAAGGACCAAAUGUCAAUUUAGAAGAAAAGAUAGAUGUGGUACCCAUUGAGCCUCAUGCUCUGUUCUUGGGAAUCCAUGGAGGGAAGAUGUGCCUGUCCUGUGUCAAGUCUGGUGAUGAGACCAGACUCCAGCUGGAGGCAGUUAACAUCACUGACCUGAGCAAGAACAGAAAACAGGACAAGCGCUUCGCCUUCGUCCGCUCAGACAGCGGCCCCACCACCAGUUUCGAGUCUGCCGCCUGCCCGGGCUGGUUCCUCUGCACAGCAAUGGAAGCAGACCAGCCCGUCAGUCUCACCAAUAUGCCUGACAAGGGUGUCAUGGUCACCAAAUUCUACUUCCAGGAGGAUGAGUAGUACUGCCCAGGCCUGCCUGUUCCCAUUCUGGCAUGGCAAGGACUGCAGGGACUGCCAGUCCCCCUGCCCCAGGGCUCCCGACUAUGGGGGCACUGAGGACAAGCCAUUGAGGGGUGGAUCCUCAGAAGGAGUCACAAGAACCUGGUCACAGGAUUCUGCCUCCUCUUCAACUGACCAGCCUCCAUGCUGCCUCCAGAAUGGUCUUUCUAAUGUGUGAAUCAGAGCACAGCAGCCCCUGCGCAAAGCCCUUCCGCGUCUCCUCUGCAUUCGGGAUCAAACCCCGACCACCUGCCCAGCCUGCUCUCCUCUCCCCACUGCCUCCUCCAUCCUCAUUCCACGUUCCCAUGCCCCAGAUACAUCAGGCCCCUUGAUGACCCCCCACCAAGUGGCUCCCACACCCUGUUUUACAAACAAAUGCCAGUCCGUGAGGAAGGUUUUUAAGAGUUUGUGGAGAAUGAAAAUUAAGGAUUUCCUGAUUUCUUUUUUAGUCCACGUGAAGGAGAGCACUUCAUUUGGAGAUUAUGUUCUUUUGGGAGAGGCUGGGGGCUUAAAAUAGUCCUGCAUUUGUGAAAUGAUGGUGAAAGUAAAUGGUAGCUUUCCCAUUUUUUUCUUCUUUUUUGUGAUGUCCCAAUUUGUAAAAAUUAAAAGUUAUGGUACUAUGUUGGUCCUAUAAUUUUUUUUUUUCCUUUUAAAACACUUCCAUAAUCUGGACUGUUCCAUAAGCAGUCCAGGCACUGCUGCCCAGGCUCCGAGCUCCAUCUCCACUCCAGAUUUUUUACAGCUACCUGCAGUACUUUACCUCCUAUCAGAAGUUUCUCAGCUCCUAAGGCUCCGAGCAAAUGUGGCUCCUGGGGGUUCCUUCCUCCUCUGCUGAAGGAAAGAAUUGCUCCUUGACAUUGUAGAGUUUCCGGCACUUGGAGACGUGUAUGAAAGAUGACUGCGCCUCGGCCUGUCUCCCCCACCAGGCUGGGAGCUCUUCAGAGCAGGAAAAAAGACUCGUAUAUGCAGGGCCGAGCACCUAGCCUGGCUCGGCAGGUACUCAGCGAAUGAGUGCUGUAUAUGUUGGCUGCAAAGAUCCCUACUUCCUGUCACUUCAGCUCUGUUUUACAAUAAAAUAUUGAAAAUGCCUA